CUUUAUACUUUCUGAAAAUGGCUAGCUUCUAGCUAAUAAAUCAAUGUUGUUUUCCCUACCCUCAAGGAAACAUCCCACCACAUUGGCCUGAAUACAGAACCACAGACUGUAAGAGAAAGGACACAGCCCAGCGAGUUAGCAGAACCACAGACUGUAAGAGAAAGGACACAGCCCAGCGAGUUAGCAGAACCACAGACUGUAAGAGAAAGGACACAGCCCAGCGAGUUAGCAGAACCACAGACUGUAAGAGAAAGGACACAGCCCAGCGAGUUAGCAGAACCACAGACUGUAAGAGAAAGGACACAGCCCAGCGAGUUAGCAGAACCACAGACUGUAAGAGAAAGGACACAGCCCAGCGAGUUAGCAGAACCACAGACUGUAAGAGAAAGGACACAGCCCAGCGAGUUAGCAGAACCACAGACUGUAAGAGAAAGGACACAGCCCAGCGAGUUAGCAGAACCACAGACUGUAAGAGAAAGGACACAGCCCAGCGAGUUAGCAGAACCACAGACUGUAAGAGAAAGGACACAGCCCAGCGAGUUAGCAGAACCACAGACUGUAAGAGAAAGGACACAGCCCAGCGAGUUAGCAGAACCACAGACUGUAAGAGAAAGGACACAGCCCAGCGAGUUAGCAGAACCACAGACUGUAAGAGAAAGGACACAGCCCAGCGAGUUAGCAGAACCACAGACUGUAAGAGAAAGGACACAGCCCAGCGAGUUAGCAGAACCACAGACUGUAAGAGAAAGGACACAGCCCAGCGAGUUAGCAGAACCACAGACUGUAAGAGAAAGGACACAGCCCAGCGAGUUAGCAGAACCACAGACUGUAAGAGAAAGGACACAGCCCAGCGAGUUAGCAGAACCACAGACUGUAAGAGAAAGGACACAGCCCAGCGAGUUAGCAGAACCACAGACUGUAAGAGAAAGGACACAGCCCAGCGAGUUAGCAGAACCACAGACUGUAAGAGAAAGGACACAGCCCAGCGAGUUAGCAGAACCACAGACUGUAAGAGAAAGGACACAGCCCAGCGAGUUAGCAGAACCACAGACUGUAAGAGAAAGGACACAGCCCAGCGAGUUAGCAGAACCACAGACUGUAAGAGAAAGGACACAGCCCAGCGAGUUAGCAGAACCACAGACUGUAAGAGAAAGGACACAGCCCAGCGAGUUAGCAGAACCACAGACUGUAAGAGAAAGGACACAGCCCAGCGAGUUAGCAGAACCACAGACUGUAAGAGAAAGGACACAGCCCAGCGAGUUAGCAGAACCACAGACUGUAAGAGAAAGGACACAGCCCAGCGAGUUAGCAGAACCACAGACUGUAAGAGAAAGGACACAGCCCAGCGAGUUAGGUGACGAACUAACGCGCCAUUUCCGACAGAAUUUGAAAACUUGAGGCGCAUCUUCAACUUCGCUAGUUUCUCUGGUGUCUCGCUGUUCCAAGGUUUUGUACAAUCGGUGGUCCUUAGGUUUAGUAUGGAAUUCCAAGGUGGGUAACUAAUCAUAUUUUCCUCAAUCCAGCAAGCUAAACAGAUACAGAAUACUGCUAGCUAACGACGUUAGCAUUAUCACAUGAGUUAUCUAACUGUAGCGCUUACAGUACAGUGUUGACUUUGAGUUUCGCUGUGAACGUAUUACAAGGUAGCUAACGUUAGUUAACAUUCAGAGAAUGUCAACAAAAGCAAUCGUUGGUGGGCAAAGUUAGCUAGUGAAGCUAACCAACUAGCUAGCUAACACGUUUGGCAUGGUGACUGGUCAGUUAGCUAAAUUAGCUAGCUAGCUAUUGUUGUAAUGUUUAUAGCUAGCUAGCUAAGUCAGCUACUAGCCAGAUAGUAACUUUGAUGAUUAGCUAAAAGAAGAGUUUUGAAAUCAGCAGCUGAACGAUUUUGCUAACAAUGUGGAGGAAUGCUAGGCUAUAGACUAACAAAAGAGCCAUAGCUAGGUACCUGUGUACUAACAACUAGCUAGCUUACUUAUUCAUUAACUUCGCUAACUAACGUUAUCUGGCCCUAGGCACGGAACUAAUGACUCUGGGUUCCCCAACAUCACCCAAGCCCGGCCCGGGUGCCCAGUUUCUCCCCGGAUUUUUGAUGGGGGAUCUGCCGGCACCUGUCACACCCCAGCCUCGGUCAUUUGGGGUCAUGGAUAUGAGGUCACCACUUCAAACAGGUGAGUGAUAGUUUACUUUUGGGGGUCAUUUGUUGUUCACUAAAACAAAUAACUAGCUAGUUGACUUUACAGUCUGUCAUAUCUAAUUAUCUAACAUCCCUUUCAUAGCGUGAUAGGCCUAACUUGGUUUAAAACACCUGCUUAUUGGUUACUAUCAAAGAUCUGUUACUUUCACUGUCAGUGUUGUAAUAUGGCAAAGGCAGUUUCUCCUCUGCAAUAUUUCCAAUUGAUCCCUGACUGUUUCUCUAACCCUCUCUCUGUUAGGUGGCUCUACCCCUCAACCCGUGGUUCCUACACACAAAGACAAGAGUGGGGCCCCUCCGGUCAGGAGUAUCUACGAUGACCUCUCUAGUCCUGCUGUAGGGAUGUCCCCUAUGGGCGCACAUAAACCGGUAAGUGUUAACAGAGUAGGUUCCAUCCCUCUCCUGACCUGGGCGUGAACCCGGGACCUUACGCGCUACAACACUUUACACUCAGAGUAGUGUUCUACAUUUUAGUCAUUUUAGCAGACGCUCUUAUCCAGAGCGACUUACAGUUAGUGCAUACAUUUUUCUUCUUUCUUCUGGAUUCAUCCCCAGACUCUUCAGUCCCUCUGGAGUUUUCCCAGAGUCUGUCGCUUUAGCCAGGGUAGUGUUUUAUCCAAUUUGCUAGUGAUUCUACACCUGCUACAUUAGCAUCUCACCAGAAGCUUUUGAUUUUGAGUAGUGUAUCUGCAUCAAGAGGACAUGUAAUAGGGGCGGCAGGUAGCCUAGUGGUUAAGAGCGUUGUGCCAGUAACCGAAAGGUCGCUGGUUCUAAUCCCCGAGCCGACUAGGUGAAAAAUCUGUCGAUGUGCCCUUUAAAUAUAAUAAGUAAAAUACUGUAAGUCGCUCUGGAUAAAAGCGUCUGCUAAAUGACAAAAAAUGUCAAAUGUAAUAAUUUGGAUGUAAUCUUCUCUCAGCCCUUCUCAAUGAUGCACACCCCACUGUCUGGUUAUAUGGCAGUUACACCAGGAACAGGUGAGCUGUUUCGUUUUCUUCAAACUUGUUUGUACCAACUGGUCUUAGAUUUACUAAGAGAGGGAAUUCAUAGGUACGUCCUAAUGUCGUCUUCUGUUCAGCAUCCAGUAUAUUUAGUCCUGCUACCAUCGGACAGCAGGCGAAGUCAACAAUGUCUCCAGCCCAAGUAGACCCUUUCUUCACUCAGGGAGAUGCACUGUCUUCUGAAGACCGUCUAGAUGAUACUUGGAUCACUGUGUUUGGGUAAGUUCCUGGUAUUGCACCCCCUAAUAUCUACAGGUAACUGCCAAAAUAAAGGAAACCCCAACAUAAAGUGUCUUAAAGAGCGAACGCAUCCGAUCCCGCAUGCGUUUCUCUGUUGCUCAUUAAGAAAAACCAGAUUUCAGUCUUGGGGGUGUGGUUCAAUGUGGCAGUUACUAAUGUUUGUCCCCCAUGAGACACCAUAGAAACAAAGCCAGUAUUACUUCCUCAAAAUAGUCAGAAUCUAAGGUAACGCUGCGCUGAUAGGCAGGUCUGUCUCACUGUCUAGUGUUCUGCGGUAGGAUUGGAUAGCGCACAAUCAUGCCUCUGUGUACCCCGUGUUAGUGAGCGUUGAACAAGAUGAUCCUAUUUACACUUUGUGGUCAAUUUUGACAGUAGAAGAAAUGUUUCGGGCAAAUAUCGAUGCCACAUAGGCUGUUUUUAUAUAAAAAUAUGUUUAUUGCCUUCAGUUGCGCUUUAAUAGGGCGUUGGGCCACCACGAGCCAGAACAACUUCAAUGAACCUUGGUAUAGAUUCUACAAGUAUCUGGAACUCUAUUGGAGGGAUGUGACAUCAUUCUUCCAUGAGAAAUUCCUUCAUUUGGUGUUUUGUUGAUGGUGGUGGAAAACACUGUCUCAGGCGCAGCUCCAGAAUCUCCCAUAAGUGUUAAAUUAGGUUGAGCUCUGGUGACUGAGACAGCCAUGGCAAAUGGUUUACAUAGUUUUCAUGCUCAUCAAACCAUUCAGUGACCACUCGUGCCCUGUGGAUGGGGGCAUUGUCAUCCUAUGGGGGCAUAGCCAUGGUAGCCAAAAUAAUGGCCUGCCCAGCAUUUGUAUACAUGACCCUAAGCAUGAUGGGAUGUUAAUUGCUUAAUCAACUCAGGAACUACACCUGUGUGGAAGCGAAUGCUUUCAAUAUAAUUUGUAUCUCUCAUUUACUCAAGUGUUUCCACUGUUUUAGCAGUUACCUGUAGCUUUAACUGUUGAAAUAAUGGGUGCGUUCUUUUUUAGCUCACCUGGAUCCCCAGGUGGCCGGAGUUUUCACUGUAGGACCAGUCAAAUUGUGCCCUGGUUCGACCUUGAACAGAUGCACUGACUGUGUCUGAUCUGUGGAUCACAAUGCUGGACCCCUAGAAUGGACAUAUAUUCUAUAGUUGAGGUGAAAAUGAACAGCUUCCUGAAUGAAUAAUACUCUUUGUUUAAACAGGUUCCCUCCUGCCGCCGCAUCUUAUAUUCUGUUGCAGUUUGCCCAGUAUGGAAACAUAAUGAAACACGUGGUAAGAAUAUUUGCAUCCUUUGAAAAGGAAAUGUAAGUGUGUGCGUUCUGUUUUGUUACACUGCACUGUUCUCUUGUUCUAAUAGAUGUCCAACACUGGUAACUGGAUGCACAUUCAAUAUCAGUCUAAACUCCAAGCAAGAAAAGCACUAAGUAAAGAUGGGAAGAUGGCGAGGCUAUAAUGAUUGGUGUUAAACCAUGCAUUGAUAAGGUAAGUCGCUCUGGGUAAAUUUUAAAAUUAGGAACACAGUGAUAAUAUAAUUUGACGCUGUUUUAAUAAUUCAACUGAAAAGUCCAAACAUUUAGAAAUGGAUGGGUGUAUUUAUCACUAUGUAAACAACAUAUCUAAUCAUGAAUGAAGAUGAUUUCUGUGUGUGUGUGUCUCUGUCUCUCAGAAUGUGAUGGAGAGCUCAGACCGAGGUGCUACCUCCUCCGGCUCAGUAUUUACUCCUCCAGUCAGCUCAGACCGAGGUGCUACCUUCUCCGGCUCAGUAUUUACUCCUCCAGUCAGCUCAGACCGAGGCGCUACCUCCUCCGGCUCAGUAUUUACUCCUCCAGUCAGCUCAGACCGAGGUGCUACCUUCUCCGGCUCAGUAUUUACUCCUCCGGUCAGCUCAGACCGAGGUGCUACGUUCUCCGGCUCAGUAUUUACUCCUCCGGUCGGAAACGGAACCCCGGGCCACCAUGUCUCUACACCUCGCCCCUCUAUGAGGCCCCUCAGUGCAGCCUACCAGGCCUCCAGCAGUGAUUACCAGGUAGGAUCAGGGGGGUUUCACCAUUCAAUACUUUGCCAAAACCAACAGAAGUUGUGAGGCCAUCAAAGAUGAGAGGACUACAGGGCUAUAGACCACAGGAGAUACACCAUAGAGGACUACAGGGUUAUAGACCACAGGAGAUACACCAUAGAGGACUACAGGGCUAUAGACUACAGGAGAUACACCAUAGAGGACUACAGGGUUAUAGACCACAGCAGAUACACCAUAGAGGACUACAGGGUUAUAGACCACAGGAGAUACACCAUAGAGGACUACAGGGCUAUAGACCACAGGAGAUACACCAUAGAGGACUACAGGGCUAUAGACCACAGGAGAUACACCAUAGAGGACUACAGGGCUAUAGACCACAGGAGAUACACCAUAGAGGACUACAGGGCUAUAGACCACAGGAGAUACACCAUAGAGGACUACAGGGUUAUAGACCACAGGAGAUACACCAUAGAGGACUACAGGGCUAUAGACUACAGGAGAUACACCAUAGAGGACUACAGGGUUAUAGACCACAGUAGAUACACCAUAGAGGACUACAGGGCUAUAGACCACAGGAGAUACACCAUAGAGGACUACAGGGCUAUAGACCACUGUAGAUACACCAUAUAGGACUACAGGGCUAUAGACCACAGGAGAUACACCAUAGAGGACUACAGGGCUAUAGACCACAGGAGAUACACCAUAGAGGACUACAGGGUUAUAGACCACAGGAGAUACACCAUAGAGGACUACAGGGCUAUAGACCACUGUAGAUACACCAUAGAGGACUACAGGGCUAUAGACCACUGUAGAUACACCAUAUAGGACUACAGGGCUAUAGACCACAGGAGAUACACCAUAGAGGACUACAGGGCUAUAGACCACAGGAGAUACACCAUAGAGGACUACAGUAGAUACACCAUAGAGGACUACAGGGCUAUAGACCACAGGAGAUACACCAUAGAGGACUACAGGGUUAUAGACCACUGUAUAUACACCAUAGAGGACUACAGGGCUAUAGACCACAGGAGAUACACCAUAGAGGACUACAGGGCUAUAGACCACAGGAGAUACACCAUAGAGGACUACAGGAGAUACACCAUAGAGGACUAUAGGGCUAUAGACCACAGUAGAUACACCAUAGAGGACUACAGGGCUAUAGACCACAGGAGAUACACCAUAGAGGACUACAGGCCUAUAGACUACAGGAUAUACACCAUAGAGGACUACAGGAGAUACACCAUAGAGGACUACAGGGCUAUAGACUACAGGAUAUACACCAUAGAGGACUACAGUAGAUACACCAUAGAGGUCUACAGGAGAUACACCAUAGAGGUCUACAGGAGAUACACCAUAGAGGUCUACAGGAGAUACACCAUAGAGGACUACAGGGCUAUAUGUCCACUAGAGGACAGCAAAGCGACUUCUCUAGAUAAAAACAUUCACAAACCUCAAUCCGUACAAUGCACUCAAUGCAUACUACAUGAUAGGAAAUAGUUAAAACACGGUGAAGGAUGUGAGUGAGUGCACAGAUAGGUUGCCUUUUUAAAUUUCAGUCUUAAAAGUGCCAUUAAGUGUCACUGUCUCUAUGGACAUGGACCAACCAUGCUAUAUGUUUGAUUUCAGGUGGUGGCAGACGGACAGACCCCAAGGAAAGAUGAUAGUUUGGUUUCCAAAGCGAUGGAGUACAUGUUUGGCUGGUGAGAUGGUGUCUCUUCCAAUGGCUGAACGCUUCAUGUUAAGACUGGAUGACCAACAGCAGACUUCUGUCACCACCAUAUUGUGGAGUCAGUGUUUCCGUCCCAAAUGGUACCCUGAUAGCCCGAUUUUGACCCUGGUCAAAAGUAAUGCACCACAUAGGGAAUAGGGUGCCAUUAGUGAAGCAUCCGGCGUGUU